UCCAGACAUCCAUCUUUUGCUGCAGACAUUAUAGGGCACAUCACAAAUAAUCAAAGUCUUUUGUAUUCUAACUUUUUACACCGUGUCCUUCCAAAUAAUUCCAAAUACUUUGAAUUUUGUGGUUUCUUGAAACAUGUGUUUCCAAUAAAGUAUCGACUCUAACCUGAAGCUAACUGUCUGCAGACACAUGAUCCUUUUCUUUCAAUGCUUUUUGGUAAAUGAGAGCCAACCAGCUUCAUUAUUGCAUCAAACCUUUUUUGGACAAGUCAGUAGGCAACUGAAUGGUUUUAAUUAAGAAUAAGUUUGUGUGCUUGUGUUUUUUAACAUGUUCACUGGUAUGACUGAGGAUCUCCAUGGGACUGUGGAUUCUAACCAUUUCUGGUAAGAUCAGACCUGACGGAAGAGCUGUGUGGUGAUAUGAUUCAUCUUCUUAAGGCGCAGCCUGAUGGAUUCAGGUACUCGACGAGAGCUGCGUACAGCAGAUCCCAGCCUCCACUCGCUCCGUCACGGCCAGUCCUGAGUAUCGGGUAUUCACCUCAACCUCACCUUUCCUUUUUCUGCUUCUUUCCCGUCUCAAUUCACCCCUGGCUUCUCAACCAGUCCUCCAGCUCGCCCCCAAGAUGAUUGGCAAGUUGAAACAGAAUUUACUGGUGGCCUGCCUGGUCAUCAGCUCCGUCACGGUCUUCUACCUGGGUCGGCACGCCAUGGAGUGCCACCACCGGAUAGAUGAGCGCAGCCAGCCGCUGGUGAGCAGCCUGCACACCACACUGCGCACGGGCCAGAACCUCAGCACCCCCUUCAUCUACAAUAAAGACAUGCCUCUUAUAUUUAUCGGUGGCGUCCCUCGCAGUGGCACCACUCUUAUGCGGGCCAUGCUGGAUGCUCACCCCGAUGUGCGCUGCGGAGAAGAGACCCGUGUCAUCCCUCGCAUUCUGGCCAUGAAGCAGAUGUGGAGCCGCUCCGGCCGGGAGAAAAUGCGGCUAGACGAAGCUGGAGUAACAGACGAGGUCUUGGACUCAGCCAUGCAAGCUUUCCUAUUGGAGAUCAUCGUAAAACAUGGCGAACCGGCCAACUACCUGUGUAAUAAAGACCCGUUUGCUCUUAAAUCACUCACUUAUCUGGCUAAGAUCUUUCCCCACGCUAAGUUCAUCCUCAUGAUCCGUGACGGCAGGGCCUCCGUUCACUCCAUGAUCUCCCGUAAAGUCACCAUCGCUGGGUUUGACUUGAGCAGCUACCGGGACUGCCUGACAAAGUGGAACCGGGCCAUAGAGACAAUGUACACUCAGUGCCUGGAGGCAGCGGACAAGUGCCUGCCCAUGCACUACGAACAGCUUGUCCUGCACCCGGAAAAGUGGAUGAGAAGGCUUCUGAAAUUCCUGAACAUUCCUUGGAAUGAUGCUGUUCUACACCAUGAGGAGCUCAUUGGGAAAGCAGGCGGCGUUUCGCUCUCCAAGGUAGAGAGAUCUACAGACCAGGUGAUCAAGCCUGUCAAUGUGGAGGCCUUAUCCAAGUGGGUGGGUAAGAUCCCCCCAGAUGUGCUGCGGGACAUGCCUGUCAUCGCCCCCAUGCUGGCCAGGCUCGGCUAUGAUCCCCAUGCCAAUCCUCCCAACUACGGCCGGCCCGACCCCCUCGUCCUGGAUAACACUAGAAGGGUCUUUAAGGAUGAAUUUCAGCUACCUGAUUUUCUUAAAGAACAAACACAGCUUCAGAUGUCCCCAGAAAAGCCAAACCCAAGUUAGGAGGAGAAGACGAGAGCUUUAUCAGUAGAAGGCUGAGUAGAAGCAGAUGCCGUGGGACCAUGAUGGACUUGCAUCACCCCCGCUAUGCUGGGACCUCGACAUGCAUACAUACACAC